CGCUAUUUAGCCUAAUUCCCCAUUUCGGCUGUCGAACUGUGCUGGUAGUUCAGGCUACAGGCACAUUGUGCGAUUGUCAUGGAGAUGUACCAGCUGAUAUUUACAGCGCUCUUGUUCUCGGCUUCAUUGGCGUGUGUAAAGCCUGAGGAAUAUGCUGAAUAUUGGAAUGAACUUGCAGCUGAUGAACUGGAGAGGGCACUUCGUGCGCAAGUUCUUAACCAAAACAUCGCAAAGAAUCUCGUGAUUAUCAUUGGAGAUGGUAUGGGUCCAGCAACAGUAUCUGCUGGGAGAGUAUAUGUCGGGCAGCUGGAUGGAAACACGGGCGAGGAAUACCAGCUUUCGUGGGAAAAGUUCCCUCAUGUUGCAUUGAGCAAGACAUACAACACAGAUGCUCAGGUAGCCGAUUCUGCUGGUACCGCGUGUGCGUUCUUAAGCGGUGUAAAAACUAAGGCAGGUGUAGUUGGUCUUGAUGAUCACGUGAUUCGUGGAAGCUGCGCGUCAACGGAAUCGGCAGGGGUCGAUUCAAUUUUACACCUCAGCCAAAGAGCAGGAAAGUCAACUGGACUGGUAACAACAGCACGUGUGACGCACGCCACACCGUCUGCCGCGUACGCAAGAUGUCCCGAGCGUGACUGGGAAAACGACAGUGAUAUACCGGAAGAAGAGGCUGCUUUAGGGUGUAAAGAUAUUGCUUUGCAACUUGUUGAAGACGCACCUGAAAUCCAAGUCGUGAUGGGAGGUGGGCGGCGUGAAAUGCUGCCGAAUACUACAGCUGAUCCACAAAGCUCAACUAGAUUCGGACAAAGAACGGACAAACGGAAUUUGAUUGAGGAAUGGGUGGCCCUCAGACCCGAAGGAAGAACACAAUAUGUCUAUGAUAAGGGAGGAUUGGAUUCCGUUGAUGUCGACAAAACAGAUUAUCUUCUCGGGUUGUUUGACAGUUCUCAUAUGGAUUAUGAAUCAGAAAGGGAUACAACGACUAAUGGCGACCCAUCGCUGGUGGAGAUGACAGAAAAAGCACUGCAAAUAUUGCAGAAAAAUGAAAAAGGAUACUUUCUCUUGGUGGAAGCUGGCCGCAUCGAUCAUGCCCAUCAUGGUGGACGUGCGUUCGAUGCUUUAAGUGAAUUGAAACAGAUGCACUUGGCCGUUGCUAAGGUGGUAGAGAUGACAAGCGAAGAGGAUACUUUGAUUAUAGUAACAGCUGACCAUAGUCAUACGUUGUCAUUCGGUGGUUACCCUGAGAGGGGAAAUCCAAUUCUAGGACUUGUGGAUGAUGCCUUGGGAAAGGAUAGACUACCAUACACAACACUAGCGUAUGCGAAUGGACCCGGAGGGUUAAAGGUAUCCGAGUCCUACAAUGCUACUAACCUCAGACCGAAUAACACAGGUGUCGACACAGAGGAUAGGGACUACAAACAAGACGCAUUGGUCCCUCUGUCGUCAGAAACGCAUGGAGGUGAAGAUGUUGCCAUCUACGCAACUGGUCCAAUGGCGCACUUAUUCCACGGCGUCCACGAACAAAACUAUAUAAUGCACGUGAUGAAGUACGCCGCUUGCGUUGGAGAUAAUAAAGAGCACUGUGAAAUUGUUGGCAAUAGCGCCAUCAUAGUUUACCCAACAUUCCUCUCACUUAUUACAUCCAUUUAUAUAAUUUUAAUCAAACGUUUUCUUUAAUAUUCAAUAAUAUAAACGCGUAUUUUUUUAAAAACGUAAAAGUACUGAUAAUAAAAACAUGAAUAGUACAUGGCAUUUUUAAUCAAAUAUUG